GCAGAGGUCAUCUAAAUGCUGUUAGGAGUCUGCUAACACUACUUGCUCUUGGAAAGUUGUAGGGGCUCAUUUUGGACGUAGAAAUUUCACAAGAUUUUAGCACGAAUCAGUUCAGUUCAGUUACGGAAUUCGUCUAAAAUUAAUUGAUUUCUACAGAUUUCGCUUGAAAUUUCGUUCGUUCCAAAAGGAGGCGUUCCGUUUCUUGCAGAAAUUAACUUCUCUAAAAUCUAGCGUUCCUUUGCUACUCCGUAGUUUCCGUCGAAUAAUGUAAAAUAUAAUCGAAAUGUAAAAUUCAAAUGUACUGUUGUUCAUGAACACUUUGUACUCUUCAGUCUCUUUUCGCCCAACAGCAGAAACUGCUGGAGGGAGAAGAUCAGAAUUCAGAAGAGUUGUCGAGAGAGAGAAGAGAAGCCGCGGAAGGGGGAAAAAAGGGAGGCGGCGGAAGGGGAUCGGAGAUGCCGCUGGGCAAGUACUACUGCGACUACUGCGAGAAGCAGUUCCAGGACACCCCCGCCGCCCGCAAGCGCCACCUCGACGGCGCCCAGCACCACCGCGCCCGCGCCCUCUGGUACGACGCCGUCCGCCGCCAAGAGCUUCACGGCGGCGGCGGCGGCGCUCCUCCCCUCCUCCACCAGCCCGGCGCCGCCGCCAUCGGCGUCUGCCAACACUUCGUCCGUACGGGGACGUGCAAGUUUGGGGAUUCAUGUAGAUACUUCCACCCGAAGCCACCUCCUGCUAAUCCAGGACCAGCUCCUUCUGGCCCUGUCUCUGGACCAAUGGCGCAGCAGUCUAAUAUUCAAGGAAGUCAACCCAAUUUUGUUGGAUAUCAGGCAGCAGAUGGAAGUUCUUUCUCAGGGAACAUUCUAGGGGGUCACACCUCAUGGGGCAACUUGCCUCCAUCACUGCGGCCACCUCCUGAAGGCGGCUAUCCUCCAUUUCCUUUUGUAGACUGGGGUUGAAUUGCUUGUUAAUCUGAAGGUGCCAUAUGUUGAAACUUCAUGCCGGCUAUGCAAUAGUUCAAACACACAAUGAAUUUUACUAUUGCUCUCUACAAAUGGGUUUAUAUUAGCUGUGAGAAUGCUCUCAUAUGCAGUGGAACCUGUACCUCUAGUGAACUGGGAGCCUGGUUUUCACUUAAAAUGCUCCUAUUAGGAAGUGAUCCCUCUUUGUAGUUAAAAUUGUGUUGUCCGAAGGGAGAAGACUAAAGGAUGUAGCUCCCCUGAUCUA